GGGAACUCUGGAGCCUGGCGCUGGUUUGGGACUCUAAAUCAGCCCUAACCUCCGAUCAUAAAAGUUGUGAAGCUUGCCUCCAAGUAAAUUUAUGGGAUAGUGUUGAGAAUUGCAGCGGUUGCGUUUCUGGGGGAACGACUCGAUUUGACCGAACACCACAAACUCCGUAAUCACGGGCAUCACUCGAGCCCCUCGAGAUGGCUCUGUUAGGUGGAUUAUAUCAGUGGUGCGCGGCUGUGGUGGCUCUUGUUUCGAUUCGAUCUUUGUGGAAAUGGCAGGAGCGACGGCAGGCCGAACAUCAAUUUGCGCUCAAACAUGGAUGCCAACCAUUGCGACCAUGGAGUGCCAAAUGGCCUCUGGGGUUGGACCUCUUGGUGAAGGUGUUUAGAUAUGCCAGGGAGAUGCAGAUACUCCGGUUCUUCCUAGAUGUUGUCGAGGAAUCGGGUACCACUUUCGAACAGAAUCUACUCGGCGCACGCAGUGUGGACACCAUCGACCCCAAAAAUAUCGAGGCUGUCCUCUCGACCAACUUCUCCGACUACAGCCUGGGCCUUCGAGCCCCCACGUUCCGGCCACUGCUCGGCAGCGGCAUCUUCACACAGGACGGGGAGGCUUGGAAGCAUUCACGGCAACUCCUCCGGCCACAGUUUGCAUCUAAUCGUUUGCAGAACUUUGAGCAGGUCAAAAGAUGUGUGGAGAACCUCAUCGCGGCGGUCCCAGAGGAUGGCCAGGUUGAUCUCCAGCCUUUAUGCUUCAGACUGACAUUUGACACGACAAUGUUUCUGCUCUUUGGUGACUCAGUCGACGCAGCGGAUUGGGGACAGGUCGCCGGUCAGGAGUCCGACUUCGCCAAGGCGUUCAAUGUCGCCCAGGAGUACCUCUCCCACCGUGGCCGUUUAGGGCCCUUUUAUUGGGUCAUGGGAGGCAAGACAUUCCGUGAUGCGUGUUCGACUUGUCACCGUUUUGUCGACGGCGCGGUGUCAAAGGCGUUGGAGGCAUCUAAAGCACGCAGCCAGGCCACCGUGGGGGCAGCUGAAGACGCCAAGGGUGGCGAACACGAUAAAUAUGUCUUUGUUGAGGCAUUACUUGAGCAGACUACCGACCCGCAGGUAAUCCGGGACCAGUGCCUAAACCUGCUACUCGCAGGCCGCGACACUACCGGUUGUUGCCUGCAGUGGGCCUUUCGACUCCUUGCCAGCCACCAACAAGUGCUCGAUAAGUUGCGACGAGAGAUCGGUCAAGUCUCGGGCCUGGGAAUGGACGCCUCGCCGCCGACAAUGGAGGACCUGAGACGGAUGCCGUACCUAGGCGUUGUCAUCAAGGAAGUCCUGCGCCUCUAUCCCUCGGUACCCGUGAACUCGCGGGAAGCCGUGAGACUUACCACCCUCCCGGUCGGUGGCGGGCCCGACGGAAAAUCCCCAGUUCUCGUGAGGCCUGGGGAGGGUGUGGGGUAUUCCGUGUAUGCCAUGCACCGGCGCAAGGACAUUUAUGGCGAGGACGCCCACCAGUUCCGUCCCGAACGGUGGGAGGGAGACAGGUUGAAAGAUGUUGGCUGGGCCUACCUCCCUUUUAACGGCGGGCCCCGCCUGUGUUUGGGCCAGGAAUUCGCUCUCCAAGAAGUGGCUUACACCGUUGCGCGUGUCGUCCAGGUCUUCCCAAAACUUGGCCUUCCACCGACCGCGGUGCCGGUCGAGAUUGGCAAGGAGAGGCAGUCGCUAACGUUGGUGGUAGCGAGCGCGGAUGGAUGUGUAGUAUCAUUGAAGUAAUGACGGGAGAAAGCGGCUAAAUCCGCCAUGUCUAGAUUCAUAAUGCUAAAUACGAUAAAUCUAUAUAUG